UUUGGUUUCCAUUUUUUUUAAACAAUAAUGUGAUUUUAAGAAUGUUUUUCAAUUUCCCUUUUCCUUCCAUGACUGAACGGUGGAUCUCCAUGGUGGCUUUUGGUUUUCCUGUGAUCACGUGGUUUGUUUUAAUUUAUUUUAUUUAACCCUUUUGGAGCGUCUCUAAAGCUCUUAUAUUUUCAUGAGUAACAAUGUAGUUUGACUGUGAUCUCAUUUAAGAUGGCUACAGAGAUUUCUUAUCUAUGAAUGGAGCUCUCUCAUUGUAUUAGCCUCUCAAUGGAUUAAAAAAGAAGAUUGGAAAUUUUUUGAUCAAUUAAAAUUAGUUUGUUUCAUGCUUAAUAUCUUUGGUUUUGGAGGGUAGUCUAGAUUAAUCAUUGAAGAAAUAGUAAUUUUUUAUGAUAAUAUGUUACGGUUAAUGUCAGUUUUUAUUACUGUCUAGUGUCUAACUUUUUGUUUUUAGCAUCUUUCUCAAUUCUCACUCUAGUUUCAAUGUACUUAUCAAAGUGGGGUAUAUUGGGUGUGAAUGAUUCCUGAAUAUUUGUGAAGAUGGGGCAUUUGUUGUCUUGUUGUUUUCAGCUCUCUCUCUCUCCCUCAAUGAAGUUGAGGUUCCAUUGUGGGGCAAGUUAAAGUGGACUAGUCCCUUUAAGGACCAUUUUUCACUUUGGCUUAUUACAAAAGUUUCAUACUACCACCAUCUAGUGUUGUUGCUGCAACCCCUCUUCAUUUACCUUGAUGGAAAAGUGCUUGUCUGAGUACUUGUGCAAUAUGCCUGACUGCCAUGAAACCAGGACAGGGCCAUGCUAUUUUUACUGCAGAAUGCUCGCAUGCUUUCCACUUCCAUUGCAUUACAUCUAAUGUAAAACAUGGGAACCAGAUUUGCCCAGUUUGCAGAGCAAAGUGGAAAGAAGUCCCCUUCCAAAAUCCCACUUCUGAUAUUUCCCGCGGAAGACAAAGAAUCAAUGCAGUUGGCUGGCCUCGAGAUGAUGCCUGGAUGACAGUUCUAAGACGGCUACCUCCUGCUCGGAUAGAUGCAAACCGACAUAUCUCAUCGCUUUAUCAUGGCCAGGAACCACCUAUAUUUGAUGAUGAUGAAACCAUAGGCCAGCAACGUGAGAUUACUGAGAGAAGUGCAUCUGCUAAAGAUGAUGUUGAUGAUCCUGAUUCUGUGGGAACAGUAGAUGUCAAAACAUAUCCAGAAGUUUCAGCUGUUUCAAGAUCAGCCUCUCAUGAUAAUUUUACUGUACUAAUACAUCUUAAGGCUCCUGUUACAAGUCAAAGGCAGAAUAGCAGCAGUUAUCAUACUGAAUUACCUGAAAAUUCUCGUGCUCCAGUUGACCUAGUUACUGUUCUUGACGUUAGUGGAAGCAUGGCAGGAACAAAGCUUGCUUUGCUAAAACGAGCUAUGGGGUUUGUCAUACAGAAUCUUGGCCCUUCUGACCGACUCUCUGUCGUUGCCUUCUCGUCCACAGCCCGCCGCCUGUUUCCUCUUCGUCGCAUGACUGAGGCUGGUAGGCAGGAAGCACUACAGGCGGUUAAUUCCCUGAUCUCUAAUGGUGGAACAAACAUUGCAGAAGGCCUUAGGAAAGGUGCCAAGGUGAUAGGAGAUCGAAAGUGGAAGAACUCAGUUGCCAGUAUAAUUCUGUUGUCUGAUGGUCAGGAUACAUAUACUAUCACCAGUCCUAGUGGGACACAUCGUAGAACAGAUUACAAAUCACUUCUUCCAAUAUCACUUCAUCAGAAUGGUGGCACAGGUUUCCAGAUUCCUGUGCAUACAUUUGGGUUUGGUGCAGACCAUGAUGCUGCCUCAAUGCAUUCUAUUUCUGAGGCUUCUGGGGGCACAUUUUCAUUCAUAGAAGCCGAGGGUGUUAUUCAGGAUGCAUUUGCGCAAUGUAUUGGAGGGCUGUUGAGUGUGGUAGUCCAGGAGCUACAGGUCAAAGUUGAGUGUGUUCACCGGAGCUUGCAUAUUGGUUCGAUAAAAGCAGGUAGUUAUCGAACCAGAAUCAUGGGUAAUGCAAGAAUGGGCACUGUUGAUGUUGGCGACCUGUAUGCGGAAGAAGAAAGGGAUUUCUUGGUGACAGUCAAUAUUCCAGUUGAUAGAUCUGUUGAUCAGAUGUCAUUGCUGAAAGUUGGAUGUGUAUAUAGAGAUCCAAUAACAAAAGAUGUGGUGACAUUGGAGGGAGCUAGUCAAGUAACGAUCCAGAGGCCUGAAGUAAUUGGAGCACAAGUGGUGUCAAUGGAAGUGGAUAGGCAGCAAAACAGACUUCAUGCAGCAGAGGCAAUGGCCGAGGCUAGAGUCGCUGCUGAAAAUGGUGAUCUCGCUCGAGCAGUCUCUGUCUUGGAUAGAUGUUACAAAUCAUUGUCUGAAACUGCAUCUGCACAGGCUGGUGACAGAUUGUGUGUUGCAUUGUGUGCUGAGUUAAAGGAAAUGCAGGAAAGGAUGGCAAACCGUCAGGUAUACGAAACAUCCGGAAGGGCUUACGUCUUAUCAGGUUUGAGUUCACACUCAUGGCAGAGAGCAACUGCACGAGGCGACUCGACCGAUAGUACGAGUCUUGUGCAAGCUUACCAAACACCAACAAUGGUCGAUAUGGUAACUCGAUCUCAGACUAUGUUGUUAGGGAGCCCAUCAUCUCAUCGAAAACUUCGGCAAGCUCUGUCAUUCCCGGCUGCUCGACUAGAACCAAGGUAACCGGCAGCAGUAUCUCUGAAAGUUCUCCUCACCCUACAUUCAUAUAUUCUAUAUCCAAGGACCAUUUUUUGCCUACUUAAAUUUUGUUUUUCGUUUAUUUUCCUUUUUUGUUGUUUGGGAAUUGGGCUAGAUUGGAAGGAGAGGGAGUUGGUUUUCAAAAUUGUUGGGUAAUAUUUCCUUGCUUUGGUUAUGUAAAUGAAUAAGGAGUAGGGGGAAUAGUUGACAGGAGUUUAAGAGAAAAAUUGGUAAAAGGAAAAGGAGGGGGGUUUAGGGUGUUAAAUUGUCCAGUUAUGGGUUCAUGUACACAAGGAAACUUUGCUAUUUUUUUCUUUUCCUAAGAGAAAGUGGGGGUAUAGCUAGCCAUGUAAUUGUGGGGAUACUUGGGGUGAAUUAUUCUAUUCAAUAUAUAAAUAUGAAAUAUCUGCUCUUCAUUCUUUUCAA